AUGAGGCCCACGCUUCUUGUUGUCUUGCUCGUUCUGGCACUUGCGCAGGAAGGCAUGGGGCUUCGAGGCGCGCUGAUCCGCUCCGGCAGGUCGUUCCGUCCGGCUGGCGAGUUGAUGGAGAUGGCCAAGCGAAGGUACGAGCUGAUGGAGCGUCUCGGUCAAAACCCGCAUCGGCUGAUCCUACCCGUCGACCUAUCCUCCCAAGAGGGCCCCGGAGAACAACCGCUUUCCGUCUAUCAACCAUUGAUC